AUGAAAGCCUUCACGCAGUUGAUUAAUUUGCAGUUUAAAAAGGGCGUUGUUUCAAAAACAGCUCGCAAAAUGACUCUGGAAAGAUUUGUAACCUCCUGUGAAUUAUGGCUCAGAUUAGCCAUGUUUAUACUAGGACCACUCAGAGAUGCUCUUUUAAACGUUUUGUACAUCAACGGAGUGCCAAAGCAACCAAAAGAUUUGUACAAGUUUUUAAUAUCUAAGAGAGAGAUACUGGCAGAAUUAAAAUGCAAAAAAGUGAUUACAAAACCACAAUGGGAAAUUUUAUACCCCCAAGGUAAAACCGAAACCGACUCGAAUCUUUUCGAUAUUACGCUGAUUUUAGUGUUAAUUGAAGAAUUGACAACUAUCAAGCCAGAUAAUGGAAACUGGCGACAAGUUGAUCCACCAGGUAAUGACAAAUCAGUAGGAGCAUUUUGUAUUAGAGCAAGAAAGAUGCGCAACUAUCUCAAUCAUUUUCCUCGUAUAACAGCUUUAAAAGAGCCAGAAUUUUCAACCACAUGGGAUGAACUUCUUGUUAUAAUAAAUGGCUUGGGACACGACACUCCAUUUGACGUAAACGAUUUAAAAACAGUUAACCUAAACCUUCAAAACAACUUGUUGCUGCGAGCAAUUAUUUUGUACAACCAAACGAAAUUAAACCAUCAUGACACUCAGAUACAUGAAUUAACAAAUAAAAAUCUGUCUCUUGAGAAUCAGACAAAUAAUAUAAUUGAAAGUUUAGAACGCAUGAGAUGUAAGUUGUGGAGUAAUUCUAAUGACAUCAAAGAUAUUAAAGAAGAGCUGGAGCAAGCGCAUAACUCUAUAACACAGAUGCAAGAAGAUAUUACUUCUUUGAAACAUGAUUUAAAAGGUGUGGAAGUUCGUGUAGAGAAACUGGAAGCGUGGCUAAAAUUAUUUGUAACUGCAUUGCAAAAGCUGGGUCAACAGUACUAUCCAAUAAUUGCGAUUAGCAUCGCAAUUAUUGGUAUUGCAGUAUCCAUAUGCUACUUUUCUUCAGGUGACGACAAAAAUUUAAAAGAAGCUUCUGAUCUUUUAAGGCAGUAUUAUCUAGAAGGAAUAGGAAAAGAACACAUUGAAAAUAUAAAUGGACAAAUUAUAUCCCGAAAAAGAUUCUAUGUAGACUUAGCAGUUGUGGAUAGCUUAGAUGUUGAUAUAAACAACACACAUUCUGCUAGAGAGUUUCACAUCAAGCAGAUGUUAUCACAAAAAGGGAAAUGCACCAUGGAAAAUCUUUUGGAUAAAGAAAAUCAAAUUGUUUUGCUGAGAGGUAUUGGAGGAAUCGGAAAAUCUUUUAUGGUAAAGACAAUGGCCUUGAAUUGGGCUGAGAAACGUAUUUGGAAAAAUUUCCAAUUUGUUUUUCUAUUCAAGUUUAGAGAAAUGAAUUUAGUUCGCAAUAUUUCAUCGCUCCAUGAUUUAGUCCUGAAAAAGUAUCCGCUACUGUUUACAAAAAUGAAAUUCACUGACCUUGUUCCUGUUUCAAAAAAAAUUAUUUUUAUCAUGGACGGAUUGGAUGAGUUCACCAGAGUUGAAGAUUUGCAUACUAUUUCAAAACAGAAGUCAGACAACGUUAGCGAUAUUUCGAAAGUCAUUUUUGAAACAAUAAAUCCGCAUAAUGCUUUAAUGCCUGGUCAUAAAACAAUUAUUACAUCCAGACCAAAUGCUUGUCCUGUUUUAAGAAAUUCUUUUUCUACGGCUUCAAUUAAACAAGUUGAUAUUCUUGGAUUUAGCUCAGAGCAGGUACUUGAUUACAUUAAUGUUUUUAGUGGAUCAGAUGCCAAACUUGGAAACCUUUUACGCAAAAAAAUUUAUGAAUCAAAGCAGUUAAAACUCCUUUCGAGGAUCCCAGUUUAUUUGUGGACAAUUUGCUCUCUAUAUCAAGAACAACGACUUCUCCAUGCACCGAAAACAACAACAGAAUUAUUUGUUUGGCAAUUAGCGUUGUUUCUACAUCGACAUUACAAAACCCGACCAAGUAACCAACUUACAUCAAAUGUUUUUGAUAUUUUCAAAGAAAAGUGUGUACAAAAAGUUGUAUUUUCUUUGUCCUUUCUUGCACAAAAGAUGCUUGCACAUGGCGCCAUUCUAAUAGAUGUCGCUGACAUACCAAAGGAGAUAAGAAACGAAAAUAUUGAAGCUACUGGUUUAGUUUCAAAACUUCAAACAAUGGAUGGACUUAAGUAUCAAUUCAACCAUCUCUUUAUGCAAGAGUUUUUAACAGCUGUGUACUACUUCUUUCCUGAAGGCAAACAUAAAAAUGACAUUACAUCAAACCCCUCGUUAUCUGGCUGUUUACCACUUGUUUGUGGUCUGCACGGAGCUUUAAAAGUUAAAUCUGAGUCUUCGUCUAUUUUAAAACAAUUUGUAAAAAAUAUGGGACUUGUUCAACAUGGAAAUAAUCCUCUUAACAACUUGUUAAGAACUAAAAAUCCGCAAUUACUUCAAGGAAUAUUUGAAUACCAAAACAACCUAAGCGAAAAGAUCAUUCAACAGUGUAAACUGAAAUCUGAUUGCAGUGAUUUGUUCUUAACAGUGGAUGCUUCACACACACAAUCUGAGCUUGUGUAUUUUCUUGAAAAAUACAGAAAUGACUUUGAUGUAUUGGGUAUAACAUUUAAACAAAAUCAAGGUGGCGUAUCCUGUGUAGUUGGAUUGUCAAAAAUCAUGUCAGACAUUUGUAGUGUAACCAUUUUAUUUAUAUAUUCUAAUUCUUUUGAUCAAGACAGUUUAAAGUAUUUAAUAACUUCAUUGCACUAUUGCUCCAAAAACUCGGUUAAUACUUCUAAAUGGUAUUCCAUAUUUUUUGUUUAUUGGGAAGAGGAUUUCGAUAGAGAUUACGGUGAAGUGACUCGCGCUUUAUUUGAUACUUUACUACUUUAUAAAGAAGUUCACUUGCAUGUACGCUCUCACUCACGACGGGUGAUCUACGAUCUUCGUAAAUCAAUAAUGCAAAACAAAUUUGAAAUGAGAUUAGAAAAGCUACAUUUAGACAUUCGUGCGAUAAAGCCAUAUUUUUGUGAGAUGUUAGCUGAAAUAUUGUUGCGUGUUAGACACGUUGAAGUACAGAAAACUGCAAGAGGCGUAUUAUUGUUUGCCACCUACAAAUCAUGUAAUGGUAUUAAACACUGGGGCCCUGGUUUUUCAAUGUAACAUAAUAUAUGGAUUUAUCUACGUUAACUUAUAACACAAGCACAGUAAUCCCAAAGCUUUUUGGCGCGACAUGCCAAAUCUUUCUAGAACGGCUGUUUUUUCCUGACUCUUUUUUUUUUCUGGUGCCAAUAAAAAUAAAGAAUAUUAAUUUACUAAAUAGAUAGAUUUUAGAACUUAAUAAACUAUCAGUACAACAUGUAGCUCCAAAAUCAUGGAGAAAAUAUACAGAACGGUCAAUUUCAAAUUUAGCCGCCAGAAGUGAUCAUUGGUUGUUCUAUAUUAGAGUCUCGCAUUUGAGAUUGUCAGCGGACUUAGGUCUUCGUAUCUCAUGUUAUGACUGACUCAGUACGAUUAUUUUUAAAAAUUUAGCGAUUUUGUGUGGAGCGACGUGGAUUAUUUCGUUGUAAGGAAGCGCUAGAGAAUGCUACUAACAAAAUCUACAUGCGCACUCCCCUUUAUCCGUCUUUAAAAACUGAUGAAAGGUCUGCCACUGUUUCAUUAAUUUUGUGCAUGAUUGCAGUCCUAUUUUUUGUUUAGUUAUUCAUAUAGUUUAACCGCAUCUGAAUAUUUAUUUAUUAUUAAUGUUUGUUCAUUAGCUCUUAUUAUAUUUAUCCGUUUGAUUUUUUGUUUGUCCUUCUUUAAAUAUUGUUUUUUCCUAUUUUUUGUUGUUUCCCUAUUUCUUUCUUUUUUAUUCGUUUUUGAUCGAAAUUCUUAGUCGAAAUUUGAAAACUCUUUUUUUCGAAGUUUUUCUGCCAAGCCUGAAUGUACUUGGUAUUGCAUAUUUUGUUUUGCUCAACUUCAAUUGCAAAUUAGUUGAAAUGAUGAGGUUGUGUGUUAAAAAUUCUCGUUGUUUUAAUUCAUGAAGGGCUCACGUUAUCUUUCACUGCGCAUAUUGUUUGAUGUGUUAUUGCGUGCUAGAAUUUGUGGCUUUUUUUACUUUUAUUACAGUUUGCGAUAAAGCAAAAUUUAUUCUGAAAAAAUUUCAUUGUGGCAUUGAAAUACUUAAGGGAGGGGGGUGGAGGGGGGAUUAUUUGUAGGCUCUACAAAAACCCGUUUUAUCCAAGUAACAGUGUUACAAGAUUUUUUAUUUGUGAAAUAAUGAAUUAUUUAUCACAUGUAUAUUGGUUUCUAGGUGGUUACCAAGGUGUUGCUAAGGCGAUUUAAGGGUAUUAGGGAAAGAUUUAAAUAAAAUAAAUAAUCAAGCAACUUCUCAACAGCAACUUUCUUAGGCGACUUUGGCGCCACCCCAUAAACUUCGUGUAGAUAACAAAGACAUCGUCGUUGUAGCCUAGGUGUUGAUGUUGAUAUGUUUACCUAAGGCUGCAAUGACGGUGUCAUUAUGUUCUACACGAACUUUAAAGCGUUGCACGGUAUGUUGAUUGAGUUACAUUGUUUUCCUUACUUAGAUCAUCGUUAAAUGAAAUAUUGUAAAACAUUUGCCAAGUUCAAUGACAUGAGCAGCAACAUUUAUGGAAAAGCGAGUAUUCUUACCUUUAUCUUCAAAAUAAG